AUGGCCGAGCGCGAAGCUCAGAAGAUUGUCCAGCAAGCCCGCCCAAGCACCCAUCUAACCGCCUUAGACCGCACCAAGCGCGUAAAGGACGCCCGCAACGAAGCGCAAAAGGAAAUCGACGACUACAGGAACGAGAAGGACGCCGAGUACCAAAAGUUCGAGAAGGAGCACAGCUCAGGCAACCAAAAGGCCGAGGAGGACGCAAAGAAGGAGACCGAUGCCAAGAUCCACGAGAUUGAAGAGAUUGGCAAAAAUUCAGGCAGCAAGGUCGUUGAUCAGCUGAUUGAGGCCGUCAUCAGCGCGCACCCAGAGCCACCGAAGAAAUGA